AUUUAUGUGGCUAUUUCUGAUGCCACAUGUGCACCGUGCACAUUAUAGCAUUGGAGAUGCUCUUAUUCAAAUUAAUUGAUCUCGAUUUAGAUCAAUUCUACAGACUGUGUUUCGCCGACCCACUAUAUUCACCAUAAGGAAUUAGCAGUGAAAAAUUGCCCUGCGUUUUCCAUCUGUAAUUUUUUUCUUCGUUUCCAUUUUCUACCUCCACGUUUAAUCGUUCUUCUUCUUUUCAACCUUUCCACGUUCCUAUUUUCUUCUUUCAGAGAGCGCUAUGGGCGAUCAGGUUGAGAAGGGAGACGAAUUCUUCAGGAAAGCUGAGAAGAAGCUUAACGGCUGGAGCGUGUUCUCCAACAAAUACGAAGACGCAGCUGAGUUGUACGAGAAAGCCGCCAAUGCCUUCAAACUGGCCAAGUCGUGGGAUAAAGCCGGGGAAACAUAUGUCAAAAUGGCUGAGAUUUAUGAGAAGCUAGAUAGUAUUCACGAAGCUGCUAAUGCAUAUGCUAGUGCUGGUAAAAACUAUAAGAAAACUAAUCCUGAGGAAGCUGUAAACUGUCUAAGCAAAGCAGUAGAUUUAUUUAAGGUGAAUGGACGGCUGGAUAUGGCUGCAAGAAUUUGUAAGGAAAUUGCUGAGAUAUACGAGAAGGAUAAAAAAAUUGCUAAAGCCAUUGUCUGGUAUGCACGAGCAGCUGAUCUUUUCGAGGAUCAAAAGACAACUGCAAAUCAGUGCAAAGAGAAAAUUGCUCAAUUUUCUGCCGAGUUAGAAAAUUAUAAAGAAGCAAUUGAUGCAUAUGUGGAGAUAGCCCAAGAUUCUGUUAAUAACAACCUGUUGAAAUACGGGGUUAGAAAGCAUCUUCUUAAUGCUGGUAUUUGUGAACUAUGUAAGUUUGAUGUUGUUGCAAUCACAAAUGCCUUAGAGCGAUACCAGGAACUGGAUCCAACAUUCUCAGGAACACGGGAGUAUAAACUAUUAAGGGAUCUGACUGCUGCAUUGGAUGAGGAAGAUGUUGUAAAGUUCACAGAUGCUGUCAAGGAAUAUGAUAGCAUGACUCCGCUGGACCCUUGGAGGACCACUCUUCUGCUUAGGGUGAAGGAGUCGAUCAAAGCUAAAGAAUUAGAGGAGGAGGAUCUUACUUGAACUCCCAAUGUAGGCUAUGCCUACAACAAUGAUUUGUUCUACUGGUGUGUUAUGGUCUUUAUCGUUCUGGUUUGAAUCUUUCUUUAACAUGACAGUCUUGCGAGUGGAAUAUUCGUGAUGUAUAUUGAUGAAUGAGAUUGAAAUGUGGGUCGAAAUUUUUUAGUGUCGAAUUGGUUUGUUUAUAACUUUAUGAAUUAUAUUAUUUGUAGUAUGUUGAAGCUCAUAUAUGAAUUCAAAUAUGAUAUGUCCGACAGUCCAAAGCAGAUCUCAACCUUUUAAGGCCAAACGUAUUUUGCAUUUU